AUGGCGGCCGAAUCUGACCAGAAUGAAAAUUACGACAAGGUGUGGGAGAAAGCCGAGCCCAAAUUCUCACAUAAAACCGCAAGUGAAUACUAUGACCCUUGUCAGGAUUUUGCAGAUCGAAGCCUGAAGUGCAUGAAGCGCAAUGGCUUUGAUCGUGAAAUGUGCCAAGAUUACUUCCAGUAA